AUGGAGAGCAAAGGAAAGCUUCUCGACAUGCGCAAGCUCGAGGAGGAGCAUGAGGCGCUCGUGUCGAGAAUGCCACUGAACUGCCGCGCCGCGUGCAGAAUUUACUUCAGAGGUGCUAGAGAGGAGGAGAGCCGAUGGAUGGAGAAGAAGACCCGACGGAUGGAGGAGAAGACCCGAAAGAUGGAGGAGAGCCGACAGAUGGAGGAGAGCCGACGGAUGGAGGAGAGCCGACGGAUGGAUGAGAGCCGACUGAUGGAAGAGAGAAGACAGCAAGCAAAUCAGCAUCAAGGGGAUAUGGAGGACGUCCAAGCAGCUACAGCCACGCCGGCUCAUCCACAACUCGCCAUGCGGCCUCUUCAAUUCCUGCUAGAUGUCAUGGAGCCCAACGCAGAUCCACAUCACGGUUGCUGGGCAAUCAUCGCUCGAAAGCUGGCCAAGGCACUCAACGAACCGAACCGUACCGAUGCCGACGUGGACACGCUUGCCAGCGAAGUCAAAGCGGAAAUUCCACUUGAGCUGAUGGCGGUGAAUACGAGGGCGGCGGCCGAUGCGGGCACWGAGAUGGCGACCGAAGAUGUGGACCCCGCUAAGCGCAAGCGGGAGUCGUCGUCCGCUUCGAACUACAACACCGGACCGCUCGGCCUCUCAAUCACACCCGUCCAUGAGGGAGGCGACAAACAGCAGAAGCGGUUCAGGAGUGACAGCCAGCAAUCUGGCCCGAAUGACGACAAGCAAGACGGUAGCUCUGAUGACGGGUCAGAUGAAGAAGUUGGCGGAUAUUCGGUGUUUCAACGCAUCGUACCCCUUCUUGGUAUUCGUAGCGUCUAG